GGGCCCCAGCUGUACGCCCUCCCCUUCCACACCAUAGCCUUUGUCAUCCCCCCUCACCUUGGCUUCUUCCUUUGCUUGACCAGGGUCCACUUUCACUCCACUCCGACUCAGCACAGCUCAGUUCACGUCGUCGUGGUUCCAUUCUGCUGCUUCCUAUUCCUGCGUUCUUCCUAAAUACCCUCAUUCCCUGUUGCCCACUUGCCUUUGGUCUGGCGCUUCUUUCCUGCUCACCUGAUUUCCACCUUGCAACGUCCGUCUCUCGGUUGCCAUUAUGAUAUCCGGCGUCGCAGACUCGCCCCCCUCGACGCUCCUCGCCCUCCCAGCAAGAGUAGCCGCGUCAUACGGCUGGUCACCCCUCGUAUCCCUCGCGCGGUCCUCGGUCAAUUCCCUCUUCUCCCGUCUGCAAGUCGGACUGCUCACCAUCAAGGAUUCAGAUGGCACCACGUACCGCUUUGGUGAUCAAUCACUCGUGGCUGUAGCGCAGCAGCAGCAGCAACAGACGGCCCACUCGUCUUCCACUUCCACUGCCUCUUCCUCGUCGGCUUCUUCCUCUUCCCACUCUAGCGAAGGACCACUGAAUGAGGCCACCCCUAUCAAGGCCACCCUAGUGGUCAAGGAUGAUACCUUCUGGGUCAGGAUGUUCUUUGGCGCCGAUCUGGGCUUCUCCGAAGCAUUCAUGGCAGGAGAAGUGGAGACGCCUGACUUAGGAGAUUGCUUCAGCCUCUUCAUCCACAAUCGAGCUGCACUUUCAGAACUAGAUCUGGGAGUUGCCUCGCGAGUGACGGGUUAUAUCCAAGGCCAGCUCAACAAGCGGUAUGCCAACACGAAGGGCGGUAGCCUGAAGAAUAUUGGAGCCCAUUACGACAUUUCUAAUGCAAUGUACGAGCGCUUCCUGAGUAGGGACAUGACCUACAGCUGUGGAAUCUACCCCUCGCUAGAUGCAGACGUCGCUCCCCCCGUCCCGCUGGCAGCCGCCAACUCUCUCCGCAGUGCUGGGCCUACGAAGGCGAGGAGUUCGAAGGGCCCGCAGCUUCCCCGGGACUCAGGUCUGGGCUCGCCACAGUCAGACUCGUCUCAGCCAAUCGAUGAGCUGGAAGAAGCGCAGAUUACCAAGCUCAGGCUGCACAUCUCGCGCUGCCAGAUCUCCCCUGGUGAUCGAGUGCUCGAGAUCGGCACAGGGUGGGGAUCGCUAGCUAUGGAGACAUGCAACAUGGUCCCUGGCGUGACCGUGGACAGCCUUACCCUCUCCAAGGAGCAAAAAUCGCUCGCAGAAGCUCGCAUCAAGGAAGCAGGUCUCGAGCAACGGAUCCGCGUUCACUUGUUGGACUACAGGGAUAUGCCGAAAGAGUGGGAGGGAUCUUUCGAUCGAGUCGUCUCCAUCGAGAUGCUGGAGGCAGUCGGCAUCGAGUUCCUCUCGACGUACUUUGCCGCCAUCCACAAGGUGCUAAAGAUGGACACUGGCACAGCCGUCUUCCAGUGCAUCACCAUGCCCGAGAGCCGCUUCGAAGCCUACGUCAAGGGUGUAGACUUCAUCAAGAAGUACAUCUUCCCCGGAGGUGUCCUGCCCUCGGUCACUUCCCUCGUCACGGCCAUGACGGCUGGAUCAGAAGGGACUAUGAUCCUCCAGGCCGUCGACUCUAUCGGACCACACUAUGCUCGUACCCUCAGGGAGUGGAGACAACGCUUUGAAGCUUCAUUUGAUGGGGAGGAUGGCAUCAGGGAGGCUCUACUGAAGGAUCAUGCUACGAUCAGGAAUCUGCCAAAGGAGAAGAGGGAUAAGGAGGUGGAGGUGUUCAAGAGGAAGUGGCUUUACUACUUCACUUACUGCGAGAGGGGAUUCACGGAGAAUCAGAUUGGAGACCAUAUUCUCACCUUUGCAAGGGUAGGCGCUCCCAAGCAACCACUGUCUUUCGGAGCCUAGGUGGCGACUUAGCGCUUGUCAAUAGGCUCCCUGUCACCCUUCGCUCCUUUCUGCCCCCGUAGAUCUCCUCACCACUCUCUUCCUCUGCUCAGCUCAUGUUCAUCGUCGCAUCUCAAUAUGUCAAAAUUACGACCUGAGGCUGGCUAAUACAGAGUGUGAAAAAGUA